UAUUGACGUAGUUCGUUCACGUCCCAUGCCGGGAGGAAAUGUACUUGUGGACCGUCUUGAUUUUUAUAAAAUAAAUAAAUACACAUAUUUCUGAAUCCGUGUACUCAUUUCCCAAGAGGUAAGAACUAAGAUUGCUUUUCAAAAAAUUAAACUGGUUAACUUUCGUAUCUCUGUAAGUGAAGCCUACAUUCAUCUUGCUGAAUAUGAAAAGAUUGUUUGUAAAAAUGUUUCCGGAUCAAAGAUUCCUAUUAUCGAUAAUCUACCAAUAUUGAACAAUAAGUUAGCCUAUUUUUAGGGCCUAAUCGUAAACAGUCAAGACUGUCAUAUGUUAUAAUAGGUAAUCCCUUAUUUUUUAGCGCAAGAAAUUAAUUUGGUAAAUACAAUACAUUUUACUUAAAAACCUCUGUAAAUUUUAAGGACGAAUGCCACUAUUUUAUUGAAUUUCACGAAUGAGAAUGUAUCCCUAAAUUUAAAUCGAUCCCUAUGCCUGACCCGAACCCUAAAUCGAUCCCUAUUCCUAACCUGAACCCUAAAUCGAUCCCUCAACCUAGCCUAACCUAAACCCUAAUCCACUGCAACUAUAAUAAACACACAAAGACAAAAGACGCCGAGGCAUCCGUCCUUAAUUUUAGCCAAAACCUCUAAUUUAGCAGAUCGAUCUUCAAUUAAACAAACCAACAAUUCAAGUCAAUUCACAACAAUUGAACAAUCAUUAACAAUGAAUUAUUCAGUUUAGAGACAGCCAAAAAAAAUAAUGAAUAGCUACAUGGUAAAUUUUGAGUUAACACUAGUUAAGAGUAUGGGUUUUUGCCAAGAGUUGUUGCACCCUAAAUGCAGUGAUAGUGAUGUUACUUUUUGGGGAAUCCCAACACUGAUUUGAGACUUAGAGUGAAUACUAUUGAGUAGUAAGUACUUUUGAAACAAACCAACAGAAUUAUAACGCCAACAAAAUCAUAUUUUAGCUGUUGUUAGUUGUAGUUAUUUAAAGUUAUGAAUUUUUAAAGUACGACAUAGUUUGUCCUUUUUUAACAUAGACCAGAUCUCCACAUUCUGUGACCCGAUUCCACUGUUCGCGUCACGAGCUAUACAACUCUCGAUUUAUUGAUAAUUUUAUAUGACUUUUAUUUUCAGAACUAAUGCUGCAUUAAAAAUAAUUUUAAUAAUGUUAUACAAUUGUAGCUUAUCUAACUAUGUACUAUGUAUAUCAGUAAAUUUAAAAUAAUGUAUUAAUAUAUGGCUUUUCUGGUUACCAAAUCUACUGCGUCCAUUAUACCGGUAUAUGCUUUAUAGUCUAUAUAAGGCAACAUAUCCCUUUAUUACUAUAAUACUGUGGUUUCUUUUUUGGGGGGGGGGGGGCUACUUAAUUUUGAACUUUCAACUAUGGCACAUGCCUUUUUAAUUAAACCUUUCCCUGACCAUUGGUUUAUUAAUUUUUAUUAUACCGGUAUAUGCUUUAUAGUCUAUAUAAGGCAACAUAUCCCUUUAUUACUAUAAUACUGUGGUUUCUUUUUUGGGGGGGGGGGGCUACUUAAUUUUGAACUUUCAACUAUGGCACAUGCCUUAUUAAUUAAAGCUUUCCCUGACCAAUGGUUUAAUAAUUUUUGCACAACUCGUAUUGAAUGAAACUCUGAGAUAGUGCUUACGGUAUAUAGCCAUUAUGCAAGUGGCUGCUAAUGGUUGCCCAUGACAACGUUUUGCACUCUGAAAAUUCUGAUCAUUUAUACUAUGGACUAUCAGGUUUUUAAAGCUCAAAUUAAUAUAUUCCAUUUGAAAUGUCUUCAAAAUGCAUUUUGAAACACAAGUUAUCAAAUAGUUUGAUAUAUAUAGUGGUAAUAAUUGAAUAUUUCCUAAGUAUCAGUGUCUUCCGACUUCACUUAUGCCAUUUAAAAGGAGGCGUGGUCACUAAUUUAAAAUGGCCUGUGCGACCUUUGCAUAAUGAGGUCUACGUAGAGGAGAUUUGCGAAAAUGUUUAGGAGCUAGUGCAAUGAAAUUUUGCACACAUUAGGGGUGUGCCGGAUCCGUUUUUUCCAACCGGAUCCGGAUCCGGAUUUUCUUAUGCGAAAUCCGCCGGAUCCGGAUUCCGGUUUCUCCCGGAUUCCGGAUUUUGGUACUAUUGGUAGAUACUUCGGUAAGUCAAGGUGGACUACUACUUUUUGUGUAUGGGAAUUCGCAAUCGGCGCCAAAAAAUCCGAGUUUUUAAUUUUCCGAUGUGUGUGUCUAUUUAUUAUUAAAUUAGUACUUUCGAUAUAUAUUUGAGUUCCGUUCCAUUUGGAUAAGUGUCUUACGAGAGACGCCAUGUUUCUACGCGUUCGCAGCAGGUUAUGCAGCUCGCUCAACCUAAUUUCGCCAUGGGGUUGGCCACGCCCCCCUUUUUAAUGGCGGAAGUUGACGAUACUUAGGAAAUAUUAAUUUAUUAUCACUAUUUACAUCAAAAUAAUUGAUAACUUGUGUUUCAGAAUGCAUUUAAAGACAUUUAAACUGGAAUGUUUUAAUUUGAGCUUUAACAACCCGGUAGAAUCCAUAUUAUAAAUGAUCAGAAUUUACCGUGUGCAACACGUUGUCAUUGGCAACCAUUCACAGCCACUUGCAUAACUGUAUCGUAGUACUACCUCAGAGUUUCAUUCAUAAGAGUUUGCCGUGUGCAAAAACUAUUAAACCAUUGGUCAGGGAAAGCUUUAAUUAAUUAUUCAUGUGCCAAAGUUGAAAGUUUAAACUAAGUCUAAACAGUAUUUUAGUGAUAAGGCAGGGAAUGCGUUGCCUUAUAUAAACUAUAUAGUCAUUGCGCAUGACGGGAUUGGUGGAAUGAGAUCACAGAAUGUGGAGAUGCAGUCCAUGUUAAAAAAUGACAAACCAAGUCGUACUUUAAAAAUUCAUAACUUUAAAACUACAACAGCUAAAAAUAUGAUUUUGGUGUUAUAAUUCUUUAAAAAAUUACAUCUUUUCAACUAUGCCAUUGGUUUAUUUUUACAAAAAGUUUAAAUUUUCUUAUCAAAGUCCCUACACUAUUGGCCACUAUUAGCGGUGCUGACUCUAGCCUCUGGUAUGUACGGAAUAUUAAACAUUAAACAAGCUCAACGCUCGAAACAAUCGAUUAAUGUAUCGUGAUCGUGUGGAAUUCGGGAAAGAGAAUUACUUUUAUUUCAGAUUAUGAUCCGGUGAGUCACAAAAUCUGGCAAAUUCCGAAAUCCGGUAUAUUCCGAAUUCCGGAAUCCGGUUGUUCCGGAUACAUGUAAAUCCGGCGGAACCGGAUUUCACCGGAUAGUGCAAAAUCCGGCGGAACCGGAUUCCGGACCGGGGUCCGGCACACCCCUAGCACACAUAACUCAAUAAAUUAUGCAGGCCUACUUUUAAUAUGAAAGACCUACUUUGAAUAUUUGUUCAAAUUUUUUAAUGCAAAGAUGCCUUAUAUUAACAUACAUUUUUCCUCACUGAAAGUUGAUAUAAAGAACAAAAAACAAUGAGAAUGUAGGUCAACUUUUCUCCUAACGUGAAUGGGCGGAGUCGACCUUAAUUAUGGGCCAAAAGGACUACUGUAUUAUUAAAAUUGCACUCACUUAAAAAAAAUUAAAACUUGGAUUCCAUUGCGCUGACGUCCAUUUCUGAUACAAAUUUUCUAGGAGUGUCCCUUGCUUUACCAAAGUGCCUAUGAAUAGACUUAUUAUUUAUUGUUGGACCUGAACGAUGGGUGUGAUAAAAUUCCUGUUCUUCACUUAGCAUUCGUUACUCAUAUGCUGAACGAAACCUGAUUAUGGAUUCGGUUAAUGUGAAGUAUAUUAAAAUGAAAUUGUCCAAUGUUUUAUUAAAAUUCAACUUAGACUUACUUAAAGUUUUAAAUAAUAAAAGAAACGAAAAAAGAAACACAUCCUUGCUGAUACCUCAAGACCCAACACCAGUGGUCAGGGAAAAAAUAAGAUGCACAAUAAAAUUUAAAAGUGCCAUCUUUUGAUAAGUUGAAAAUCGGAACACCCAGAUGCUAAAACUUCUGUUACCAAAGUUGGAGACUACUACUUAAUUUUGUAUUGGAAAUGGGUGUCUGCACAAUAGCUUAGGAAAUAUUUGAUAACUUGUGACAUUUUACCAUAAUUUUCCUACAACUUUCAAUACCAAAAUAUGAAACAAAAUGAUUUAUGAGGAGUAAGGGGAUAAAGUGCCAUCCGGGGUGGACCUUCCCCAUCGCUGCCCCCUUCCCACACAGGUGGAAUACAUUGUUUUUGUUUUUGACAGUUGUGAGUCAUCUGAUAGCAGGCAAAUAAGUUGUUUUAGUGGUCUUUGUUUCAUGUGCGGGACAUUUUCAACUCCAAUUUCUGGAGUGAUGCGACCCCUUCCCUCACCUUUGGGGGCGGAGUGUUAUAACCAUAGAGACUUUCAAGUAUAUCACCUAAGUCUGCUUUGGAACAAAUUUGAUAAAACCAUCCUAUAUUCAAAGCCCCAAUAACUGUCUAAUGGCUGAUUUAAAAUUAUGUCCUUAAAUGUUGAGUAGUGAUAAAGUUGAUGUGUAUCUGUCAUUUUAGGGGCUUUAGGUUAAAUAUUAUCUUCUUAAUUCCAGGUAGUCAUGUCACGUUUUUUUAGAGCUGGCUCAGACAGUGAGAGUGAAUCAGAGUCAAGUGAUGAUGGAGUACAGGAUGUGCGCCCUACGGCGCCAGCAAGGUAUUAAAAUAAAAACAAAAUUGUCUUAUCUUGACAUAUAAUGAUUUUUAAUAUCAAAUGUAUAUGUUGACCAAUAAAUAUGCCAGUGAUAUAUCAGUCUAUCUCUAGAGUCUUUUGCAAAGUUAACUUAAAGUUUUCAGUGAAUUGUUAUAAUGCAUAUAUGAAUGCUGAUUGUUUUUUUUUUAUAUUUAGGACUAUGCAGUUCAGUGAUGAUGAAGAAGAAACAAGACGUGUUGUACGUAGUGAAAAGGACAAGAGGUAAUUUAAUAUAAAUACAUUAUGUUGUUGGCAUUUUACAAAUCAAUAUAAUGUUGAGACAUUUGACAGUUAAGGGAUGUUUUAUGGUGAAGAUGUUAAAUAGCAUUCAAAUGAAGGCUCUAAAAAGUUAUAAAUAAAAAUUGAGCCUGAAAAUAUUUUGUUAAUGUAUAAAUUAAAAUAAAUACACAGACUAUAAAUUUAGAAACUGGUAAUAGCAGAUUCCUGUAUUACUAUACACUUAACGAAGCAUAAAAACAACAAAUGAUCUGGCAUGGUGAAAUCUAUGGACUGAAGUCUUUAUAGAAUACGUUUAUUUCAUCAGAAAGACAGCAACAUAACAAAAAAAUGCAUAUUUUGUUGCGUAAGUUAGGUGGAGUUGUGAAAUACAGUGUUGGAAUUCAUAAAUUAUAUAAAUUUUGUUUUAACCUGAUAUGACAUGUUUUGAAAAAAAUUUAAGCCUUGAAAUGUUUUCUCAAUAGAUAUGAUGAAAUUCUAACCAUUGUCAAGCAGCUGAAAAAUCACAAGAAAAUUAAAGACUUUGCUAAUGUGUUGACAGGUAUUUGAAAGCUUUUAAUUUUUAUUUAAUCAUAAUACACUUAUGAAGUAAUAAAAUACUUUAAAUAAUACCCAGAUGGCUGGGUGGCCUAAUGAUAUAAACUGAGCAAACCUCAAGUUGGUGGUGGAGUUCAAUUCCAGCCAAAGGCCAGUCAAGCAAAAAACAUCACCAGCACCCCGGGUGGAUGGGACGCGUUAACCUUGGUCGGCAACCCUUCUAAGAGAAGGAAACUCUGAAUUCAAACCCGAAGAUGGAAUCCCGUAAGGCGUAUACAGUGAAAAAAUCCAACAACUCCUGCAUCCGUACCCAUCCCUGGUCGCUUUGACAUAGUCUUGCCAGUGGACAUGGUGGGCUCUGACGAGAGAGUGAGGUUGAUGCUGCGCAACUCUUCCUCACUUUAAACAAAAGUCAUCAGUCAUCCAACACCGGACGAUGGUCCUAGUUGAUCUUCAAUGGACAAACAACAAUUAAAUACUACUAUAAAAUGUUUCAUCAUAUAUUAUAAAUCUGAGCUUUGAAUUUUUAACUUAAGUCAACCAAUUGGAGUUUAUUAUAUUUAUUUUAUAAGUAUUAUUUAGAUUCUUUUUUUUUUCCACUUUAAUUAUUUGUUUUGCACUUGCCAUAAUAAUUUUAUUUACUCAAACCCCAAUUUAUUUUUUACAGAUUUUGAAGGCUUGAUCAAAGCCUUUGAAAAGGCUAGAAAAGUUGUGGAUAAAGAAGGUGUACCUAGAUUCUAUAUCAAAACUUUGGUGGAGUUGGAAGAUUUCAUCAAUGAGGUGAUGAAAAUAUUAAGAAAAGUUUAAUAUUUCAAAAUGUGUCAAACUGUAUUUCAGGGAUUAACCAUUAUACAACUUAGAUACUGUUUCUUCUUCUAUAUACUAAGGGCCCACGAUCAAUGUAUUGAUCAUUCUGGCUCCUAUGUUUUGAAAGUGUUUUCUUAUUAGUAGAACGUCUUAAUUUAUACCUCUUUUUAUUAUUUUAAAUAUAUCCUUUAAGAAUGUUUAAUAAUUUCUUUUUUUUUAACAUUAAGUGUUGGGAGGACAGGGAGUGGAGAAAAACCAUCAGUAAAAACAACUCCAAGGGUUUGUCUACUGUGCGACAAAAAAUUAAAAAGUACAACAGAGACUUCGAGGCAGACAUUACCAAUUAUAAAGCUGUAAGUGCAAUUGUUAUCCAAAUCAUUUGAAUUUUUUUAAUUUAAACCUUUUGCUUUGCAUGAGAGAAAACCCACAUGAAUUUCACUUUCAUCACAUUUCAUUGAUGUAAGCUAAUAAGAAAAUCAGUGCUAAUUCUAACAGCGCUAAGUCUCUAAAAUAAUUUGUAAGACAUAUAAUAAAACAGCAUUUCUUGUCAUCUUUUCAGAAUCCAGAUGCAGGGGAUGAUGAUGCAGAUGAUGAUGAAGAUUUCAAAGGUAAGCACAUUUGUUAUGAGCAUGAGAUAUAGCUCCUUGAAAAUACUUAUUAACCUUACAUUUGAAAAUCAGUCUUUUUUGAUUGACAUGGAACUUUCUGUUAUAAAUUAUAUUGAAAAAUUUAAACAUGCCCUGUUGAUUGCUGAAUUCGGAUAUUAUUUCAGAGCCUGCAGAUGAAGACAGUGAAGAGGAAACGCCUAAACCUGUUGUGAAAAGAACAGAAGACAAGCCUGCUAAAGUGGUCAGACCUCCUGUAAGUUGUGAUACUUCUAGCUUUGCUUUGUCAUUAGUUCUGAGGUUCACAGGCUUUAAAAUCAGCAUUUGAAGUUUUAUGUUGUCAAUCUUAGUUUAAACUUUAAAAAAAAAAUCAUCUAAUAAAAAUAAUGGGCUGAGAAUAGAUAAGUUCUAAUUUAUUAUGUCUUAAAGUCAUAACAGAGAGACUUGAAGAUUAGUAAUGUAGUUUUUAUAGGUAAUACUUGUUUAAAAAAAUGAGAUUCAAGCUCUUCAGAAAAGUAGAGCUUGUUUUUAAGAUAAUUCUCAGUAAUCUCUUGUGGCUUUAUAAUAAAAUUAUUUUUGUAUUUGAGAAAUUGUUGCAGAUCAAUUUCAUCUACUGAAAAAUUAAUUUUACUUGGCAGCAAGAUAGGUUAGAUUACAUAAUUAUUUUGCAUUGCGUGUAGGCUGAUGAUGACGAUGAUGAUGAGAGUGAUUGGGGAUCUGAUGAAAGUGAAGAAAGUUCAUCUUCUGAUGACGAAAUGCCAGCCAUGGGCAAGUUGACGGCAGAAUAUUUCUUGAAAUCGUAAGUCAACAAUAAUGAAAAAAAAAUUAUUAUUAAAAUCAGUUCGUUAGUUGUCGUCAACAAAGGAAUAUUAUGUUUCUAUUUACACGGUUAUUACUUUAUCUCUAAUUUGUUUUAUUUUAGAACUACGGAGCAGGAAGCUCAAAGAAGAGAGGAAAGAAAGAGAGAAAAGAGGCUGAAAAAGGAGGAGAAAGACGGGAAGAGGAAAGAUGAUGAUGAGGAAGAAUGGCAAGAAGUUAUGCGAGGUGCCCCUAGCCAGAUUGUGGUGGUAUGUUUUUAUUUAUUUAUUUUUAGUUUUGAUGUGUUAAUUUUGCUUGAGUAUUUAAAUAGUUUUCCUGAAUUCUUAUAGGAUAAUAUGUUUACAAAUUAUGGUGUUUAAAAAUUCAUCUUGGUCUUUAUUUUGUGACCACAGGAAAAGCCAAAGAUGUUUGCCAAAGAUCAGGAAAUAACUGUUGAGGCUGUAGUUAAAAAGUUGAAUGAGAUCAUUGCUAUGAGAGGCAAGAAAGGAACAGAUCGUUCAGUGAUGAUUGAUAUGCUGCGUGAGCUGAAGCAGAUUGCUGAAACCAAUAAUUUGGGCCAGCCUAUUUCUGUGAAAAUCUGCUUCAAUAUAAUGGCUGCAAUCUAUGACUACAAUCCUAAUAUUGCCACUUGCAUGAAAACUGAAAUGUGGGAAAAGUAAGUGAAAGGUUCCUUCUAAAUUCUGAAGUUCAUAAGCUUGAAAUAUUUUAUUACAUUCACAAUAAAUAAUUCAUAUUUUAUCUGUAUAUAUUUACAAUUAUGAUUGUGAUGGACUUAUUUUUUUUUUUUGAAACAUGAAAAUAUUUUUUUAUCUUAAAAAAGUACUCCUUGAAAGAUUUGAUUGAAUAUGUUAAGAUCAUUUAGUAGGUCCACUGUUUAGUCGGCAACAUUCAUUAAGAAAUAAAUUUUAUCACUUUUGUCAAUCAAUUCUUUGUAAAAGUUUUCCUUUUAAAUGUUAUCUUGAUGUUAAAAUAAUUUGUGUUUUUUUUUUAAAUUUUGUUUAAAUUCUUCUCCCACUAGCUCUUGUCUACCUACCAUCCAAGAGUUACUCAAUACUUUGGUUGAAAACAGUGAUAUUGCUGUUGGUGAGAACAUUCUUGAAGAGAGUGAACAGUUAGAUGUAAGUCUGUUAUUAUUAUUUUUCUCAAAGACAAAGUAACUGAUUCAAUAGUUAUUCAAAUUUUAACAUGAUUUUUUAUCACUGUGUAUAAUCCUACAAUUUUUAUAUGCAUUUCUUCAACCAAAAUUUAUUUUAUGUUUAGCGCCAUAUUACUUCUUAAUUAAUAUUAUUUUUUUUAAUUUAAUGUUUGAAAACGUUGUACAAUUUUCUUAGUCAGAAUUAUUUAAGUUAUUUAAGUUUUAAUUAAUUGUAAAUUUACUUUAUAGUCUAAUAUUACUUGACUUUUGCUAACAUUUAACCUCAAAUCUGCAUAGAAAGCCCCUUAUCGUAUACGAGGCUGCAUCCUGACAAUGGUAGAACGUCUAGAUGAGGAGUUCACCAAAAUGUUGCAAGCUUGUGAUGCUCACAGUACAGAGUUUGUAGAGCGGUAAGAAUAUCAAUUAUUUUUAUUUUUUAAUCAUUAAACCAAAUUUUUCCUUUACAUUUUAAUUUUAGUUUUGUUUCAGCUCUUAUUUCUACACUUUUAAAAUUAAUAAAAUAAAGAAGUUUGUUUGAACUUAAGGUUAGGUACCAUAUCAGCAUAUGUUUAAAUGGAGAUUGAUAUUUUGACAAAAUUGUAACUCUUUUUUAUCCGUUUUAGUUUCUGCUACAAAUUAUUUCUGUGUAUCAGAUUUCUAUUUUCCAGGAGUUAGCUGUUUUUAUUGUUAUUUAAUCAUUCAUUUUUACUUGUUCCAGUUUGAAAGAUGAGCAAGCAAUGUGUGAUAUUAUAAACAAAUUGGAAAAAUACUUGGAGAAAAUUGGUAGUAGCGAGGAAGUGUGUCGCAUCUAUCUUAGAAAAAUUGAACAUCUUUAUUAUAAGGUAAGGAUAUUUUUUAAAUUAAUAAAUUUUAAGAAAAUAACAAUUGCUUAUAAUCUCAAAAGUUAAGCUAUAAAUGCUGUUAAUAAUUCUUAUUAUGGGCUUUAAUUGACUUGAACUUGUACUAAUAUUUUUUAGUUUUUUUUUUUUUAUUAUACUUGCUACUCCUUUAUUUAAUGACAUCAAUAAUAUUGAAAGACAUUGUAUAUAGUCAAUAAUUCUUUAGAAGAAAAUUUUUGUGAUAUUCACAUCUUUGAAUUUUUCCUUAUAAAAAUAUAAUUUUAAUAUAAAGUCUGAGUUUUAAAUUGUAUUUGAUUAAUCUCUUUCUGGUUUGUCUCAUGAUAAAGAAUGAAACUUGCAUUGUUUCAGUUUGACCCCACUGAUUUUGGGGGUUCUGAGAAACAAGAGGCUGCAGUAAGUUUAAACAAAAUUUUCCCUGGUUGUUUUUAAACUUAAGUUUUAAUCAUGAAAAUGUUUUGUGUAAGAGAAACUAUAUUAGAGAAAUACACUGAAAGGAAAUAUCAGUUUUCAAAUGUUGGAAAUAUAUUCAGAUAUGUAACAGUAAUGAAAUCUUAAAUUAUACUUUCUACACAUCAAAUGGCAUCUUUUUUAAAAUAUCAAUAUCAGAGGUUACUUUCCAUUUCAAAUAUUUCUUUCAAAAAACAUAAUUACUUUUUCAAUCAGGAAAAAAGUUCUCAAGCCCUUAUGGAUAAAAUGUGCAAGUUCAUUUACGCCAAGGAUAGUACAGACCGUCUGCGCACACGAGCAAUGUUGUGUCACAUAUAUCACCAUGCUCUCCAUGAUAGAUGGUAUCAAGCCAGGGAUCUCAUGCUAAUGUCCCACUUGCAAGAUAACAUUCAGCAUUCUGAUGUCUCAACACAGGUGUGUUCUUAUUUUUAGAAAAUUGUAUUUUUUUUCCUUCUCAAAUAAUAAUCAGGCCAAAGUAGGGUUUCCAAGUGGUGGCUCAUUCACUAGCUGGUCAAGCUCACCAAAAGAACUAGUGCAGAUUUUACUUUACCUGGUCUUCACUAUCUGGUUGGCAUUUAUAAGGGGUCAGGUAAGCCUUUGAAAUAAGCACAAGUAGGGGGGAAAAAAAUUAAUAUAGACCAAAUUCUCAGUGACCUUGUCCUAAAUUGCACAACCUAACACUGAUACACAUGGAAUGGUUUCUAAUGUUUAGGUGUGUGUUUUUUAUCAAGCCUUGUAAAAGUUUAUGCAAAAUUAUAUGAUGUGUUUUUGUAAAAACUGUUCUUAGAUAUUUAAAUGAGCGGCAUUGUUAAUUUUAAUUUUUGCUGAUUUACAUUUUAAAAAUAGAUUUUGUACAAUCGCACCCUUGUGCAACUUGGACUUUGUGGAUUCCGACAAGGCCACAUACGUGAUGCCCACAAUGCAUUAGUAGAUAUCCAGAGUAGCAACAGAGCUAAGGAGUUACUGGCUCAGGUUGGUAGUCACAUUGAUAAAAAUAAUGCUUUUGUUAGUAAAUAGAGUUGAAUUUUAUGUUAUUUUUAAAUUUAAUAUGCAAAUUUCUUACACUUAAAGAUUUAAAAAAACAACCCACAUUUGUUGGCGUAAACUAAUGCAUUUCAGGUGAACAACUGUGAAAAAAACCCAUACAUUUUCCUUACCACUUCUGACAUUUCUGAUUUUUAAAUUUAUUUUUUGUUAGGGUUUGGUACCUCAGAGACAGCAUGAACGUUCCCCUGAACAAGAAAAGAUUGAGAAGAGACGUCUCCUGCCUUAUCAUAAACAUAUAAACUUGGAGUUACUUGAGUGUGUCUAUCUUGUAUCUGCUAUGUUGCUUGAAAUCCCUUACAUGGCUGGUGAGCUAUUUAUGAAACUAAAUUAGAUUUGUGAGAUGAAUAAUUAAUUUAAUUUUUUUUUGUUGAAUUUCACAAAAUGGUCUUUGAUGUUAUUGUCUUAGAUCUUUUAAAGCAAAUGUUCUUAAUUUUCAGUUGUCAAAUUAAACUUAGAUUACAUUCAUUUAUAAGAAUAUCAUCCUUUACAAGCUUAAUGUUUAAACUAUUCAACUCUGUAACAGCCGAUUUCAUAUUUUGUAAUGAUAAGCUUUGGGAAAUGAUGUAAUACAAUGCAUAAAACAACCAAUUAUGAAUGCAAAUAAAUUUAUUUCAAAUAAACACUGUUCAAUAGAUUUGUUAUAAUUCUUGUUCUAAACCUAUCUAUGGUUAGGCUAGAGUUUUUCCUCUUUGGAUGUGGUUUCAAAUGAGCACACAAAUUUGAACAGGUUAACCAAUGGGGACUCCCAUUAUGGUUGAUAAUAAAAUUUAUAAGAUUAAUGUUUAUGACAUUUCAGCAUAAUGAUUCUAUGUUUUAGCCCAUGAAUUGGAUGUACGCAAGAGAAUGAUCAGCAAAAACUUCCACCACGUUCUCAAGAUGAGUGAAAGACAAACCCUUACAGGCCCACCAGAAAGCAUGAGGGAACAUGUUGUAGCUGCCAGCAAGGCCAUGAAGAAUGGUGACUGGAAGAAAUGCAGAGACUAUAUUAUAAAUGAGAAAAUGAAUGCAAAGGUGAACAAGAGAGGCCUCGUUUAAGUUUAUGUAUACCAGACAUCUCAUAUAAGCUCAAAAUCUCUUGUUACUUAACUCAUUCCCUCCGGCAGCGCUGCUUCCGGACUUAAUUUAUUUUCCCGAGAAAAGGGAAGCAACUCAGUUUUGAAAUUGAUUUAUAUUUUAAAAAAUAUUUUUUUUUAAGUUGCUAAAUAUUAUUUAAUGUUAAUGAAUUAAGAACAAAUGCAACAAAAAAUGAAUAAGGUUUAAUAUAAAUAUAACAUUAGCGGGGAAAAAAUAACGAACAAUGGCCAAAAAAAUCGAUUUUCGGCACCUCGGACGAACACAUGCUACAUAUAGACGCGCCGUACUAAAGCACACAUAGUUUUAAAGUGAAACAAGAUAAAAACUUCCGGUUUCUAAAUUAAAAUCACGCAGAAAUCACGCCAUAGCCGGAAGUCUCGAGGGACGCAAGAUUUCAUUGCUAUUUUUAACUAAAAAUAAAAGAGGUGUGUCGCUAUGCGCCGGGACGCAUUUGGACGCAUCAGGAGAAACCCCCCGAGGACGCAUUUAGUCGCAACCGUCGGGAAUGAGUUAAUUCUUUUAAACCAAUAAAAUUGAAAAAUAUAAUCAUCUUAUUUACAGGUUUGGGACUUGUUUUUCCAAGCAGACAAAGUAAGGGACAUGAUUAGUGCCAAGAUCCAGGAAGAAUCACUUCGCACUUACCUGUUUCGCUACUCCUCACUCUAUGAUUCUCUUAGCCUUGACAGUUUGGCAGCCAUGUUUAAGAUUGACACCACUUUGGCUCAUGCAACAAUUAGCAAAAUGAUUAUCAAUGAGGAGCUAAUGGUAUGAAGAUUCAGAUAACUCUUUAUAUCCUACUCUACUAAUAUAAAUACAUUUAUCUUUAGCUGGCAUCUUUAUAUUUGUCUUUGAGGAAACCAUAAGUUAAAAUAGACAAUCAAGUCAUAUCAAGCCUUGUAAAAAUUGGCUUAGUGUUAUAAAUUUUACUCCCACAUCUGAAGUGGAAAUGUUCCUGAAAUGAAUAGAAGAGAGAAUUACUAGGUGUUGCAGAAACAUUCUGAGAUCAAGGCUGAGAAUAACUUCAGACUUACUUUAUUUAAACUGAGCUGACAUUGCAUUUAAAAAUUGAGAAUACCACACUGAUCCCAGUGCUUCUUUACUUUAAUACUGCCUGCAAUUUGUAUGAAACCUCAUAUGUUAGUUAUGGAGAUGGGGGGAAAUACAGUAGGUAGGUUAUAUGUCAUGGAAAUUUAUCAUCAUGGACAUUUAUCGCUAACGAAAUUUAAAUAGGUUCUGUUGUUAAUUUGUGUUUUUAAAAAUGUGUAUUUAGUGUGGAGGCAAAAUAUGCAUGUUCUAUUAAUAAUUAUAAUUUAAAAUAAAACUUAUAAAAGAUUGUAUUUUCACUGCUCUGCAUGCUCUGUAGGCAUCGCUAGAUGAACCUACCCAAAUAGUUGUGAUGCACAGAACAGAACCAACUCGUCUCCAAUCUUUGGCCCUGCAACUGUCAGAAAAGGUUGGCUCCCUUGUUGACAAUAAUGAAAGGAUCAUGGAGAUCAAACAGGGCAACUUCUUCUUCAACAAGAGCAGUAAGUUUGUUUGCAUUUUUUCUUGCAUUUGAACAAAACUAGGGAUAACAAAGUAAUUGAAUGAGUCUUUACAUAUGAGCUGCUGAUUGUUUAAAAAGAACAUUCAUUCACAUUUCUUGUGUCAGUAUGUUGUCGUUGGCAAAUUUCAUUCAAAUUAUAGUCCAAAUUUAUUUGUCUCUAAAGUAUAUACACUGAUGAAUGGAAUAGCAGAAUUUUGUGUGUAUAAAUUCUAUAUCCUAAAAGUAUUUAAAGAUAGAGUUCAUUUCCCAAAACCAAAGUUUUCUUUUUGGUUAAAUUUAAUACAUGUUAAUUUUAGAAGUUUAGAGAUUAGUUCAAAUACUCUUGAGGAUUUUUUGGGGGAAGUGGCGUAAGUACGUUGUAUCUUUAUCACAAAUGAUCUUAUCUUCAGUCUCACUAGUCAAGUUGACAAUUUUGUUUUUUAAAGUGUGUAUGCUGGCCAAAAGUUAAUAAAUAAAAUUAUUAUAUAUUUUAUUAAGGCCAUCCUGCGACAAAGCCUGGUAAAUUUUCCCCUUUCCCUACUACCAAACAUAGUUACCCAAUCACUUCAUUUUUUCAACAACUCUUACUUAAUCCUACACUUGACACCUUUUUGACAUUGUUGUUUUCUGGCUAUGGUUCUUUUUCUUGACAAUGCUAUCAGUUUUUUAUUUUACAGUAUCAUAAUUGUUGAGGUGGUAGUCACCUCUAUUUAUUCUGCCUAAAAUAAGAGGCUAUAUUUUGUUACUUAUGUUUUCUUAUUUAAAAACAUUAGCACUUAAAUUAUUCUAAGCAAAGAAUGUUUUAACCCUUUUGAGACAAUCCUUUUUUUUACACUGUUAUUGCCAAGAAGAUGGAGCCCUUUUCACAAGCCCUGCACUUAUUUUGCACAAAAAUAAAUAAUGAAAAAUAUACUAAUCACUUUUCAAAUAUAAAACUCUAUAUAACUUUUAGGGAAGAAUUAACUAAAACAAUCUUUAUGAAUCAAACUGAAAUCUCAACAUUUAUGCAAAUGAGAUUUUAAAAGCAUUUAUAGGGGUAAAAUUGAUAUCAAAUGACAAGAUGGGCAAGAAAUGCGAGAAGCAAUCUGAUUAGCUGGUACAAAGACCAGCCACCCAAUCUCUAGGCUUUUAUUAUGUGGCUGAUGGAUUGGCCUUUCGCCUUUUUCGUCACUGACCAUCUGUCUCUAGAGGGUUAAGUUAAAAUGUCAAAUAUAUUAAGCACUGUUAAAUUGAUAUUUACAUAAAGAUGACUGAAAUCAUAAAUAUUAACUUUUUAUUAAACAACAUAUUUCAUCAUAACUUUACUAUUUAUGCUGAGUUUAGCAGCCUUAAUUAAUGCCAGUGAAACAAAUGAGGGACAAAAACAAAAAUGCUACCAGUAUUUAAAUUUUAAAAAAAAUUGAGCUCUUCUUCAUGAUGCAUCAUUUUCAGCUCAAUGAUUCAAAAAUUGCUUAUUUGAAUAAUCCCAGUUUUUCUUAAGUGGUUCUAUGUUAGUUUUACAUGACAUUGGGUUAAAACUAAAGCCUUAAAUAUACGGUAUCGAUUAUCUUUUAUACAAUUUUCUGCUACUGUAAAUGGAAACAUUAGCUUUUAUAAACCCUGUCAACUGUAAAUCUACUAGUUUUAUAUUUAUCACAGUAAGUAGAGAGAUGGUCGUCAUUAAUCUGGUAACAGUUUGAUGACAAUUUAAAACAGAAAUGGAUAUCCUGAACCAAAUAUGGAAACAUGUAUUUACAAAAUACCAAUUACAAUAAUACAAACUUGAUCAUUGAUGUUAUCAUAUAUUAUGAUUAUGGUUAUGCUUUUCUCAACACUUUCCAUUUUAUUUUUCCCUUUUGCAUCCUCAUAGGAUAUGGUAAUGGUGUUGUUUUUUUUUUUUAAAAUAUGUCUGUUUUUAGUUUUGUGUUUGUUAAGUUAUUGGUUUUCUUUUUUUAUUUUGUAAAAUUUUUAUUUGAAUUUGGCCUGUUAGAUAAUAUUGGUUUAAUGAAACAAGGGGCUAAUUGACUUCAAAAAGUUUCAGUAAAAUCAGUUUUAGAAGUUUUAAUGGUACUAUAAAUUAUGCUUAGCAUGCAACAAAAUAAUACUUUUUAUAAUGCAAACAUUGGAAUUUUUUAAAAAUUGUAACUGACAAAUAUAUUAUUAUAUCUUGUUUGCUUAGGGUACGGGUACUUUGUUCUAGUUAUUAGAAAUAUUUGUGGAGUGUUUUGACAAUAAGAGGGAGAAGCAAAUUAUUUUCUUUAAAAAAUAUAUCACAAUGUUACUUAAUUGAUUUUUAUUUUAUUUGCAACAGAUCAGAGAGAUAAUUUCCAGAAUCAAAACCAGCAGCAGCAGCAGUGGGGUAAGUUUUUAAAUUUAUUUAGUUUGUAGAACCAUAAAAUACUCAAGGGUUGGCCAAAACGAGGUUUUGUCUGAAUAGUUUAUUUGCCAGCUCUCCCUUUAUGUACCCCAUUUCAAUUUACAUUGAAUAAACUUAUGCUGCAAGGAUCUAAAUAAAGAAACUAAUGCUUUGGACCUAACAAGCUUAAUUUAAAGUCAUAAAAGUUGUUAUAGUUAUAGAUAUAUAAUUCCAAAUGUGUAUCUUUCUAGGUGGGCGUGGUGGACGUCAGCAUCAGCAGAGAAACAAUCCCCAACAACAGAGGUCUUACUAGUCUUAUUGGUUCUCAUCGCUGUCAAGUGAGAAAGUCUGUCCAGAUAGUUCUCAAAGCCUUCGACCACACGGUUUCAUUGCUACUGCCAACAUUGGAGUUUUGAUAACAUCUCUCACAUUCUAUGACAUUUUAAUCGUGUGAUUUAAUAAGUGAUAAAGUUCACAUUAAGUUGUUCAGUAUUUAAAGGAAGUAUUUGAAUUAUAAAUACACAAUGUUUUUUGUUAGUUUUGAUCCUGCUUUAACUUGUCUUGUUUCUCUCUUUCCUAGUUUUACUAGUAUAUGUUGUAAGUCCAAAAUGUCACUUCCUUCUAAUCAUUGUGUAAGUUUUGACGUACAGACUGGAAAUUUUUUAUUUGUCUUUAGGAAUGUGUUAACUUUAAGUAAACAUCAACUAAUAGAAAUUGUACGUAUUAUUUCCUUACAGGGCCAGAAUACUGCCACAUACAUUAAUCCCGCUUCUCACAUUCUUUACCCACUUUCUAAACAAUCUUGUCUUCAGACAAAUGAUGUAAAAAUUUGUAGAUUUGUGAAUUUUAAGAAUAUUUGUUUGUUUACUAAAAUUAUUAAUGGUAAGAAAUUGAAGAGCUCGCAGCGUUUUGAUAUUCUUUCUCUAUUUUGGCACAGCUGAUAACAGCAGCAAUUUUGUUUUAUGUUUUAAUAGAAAUAAUGAUUGAAAACUGAUCAUUUGAAAAUCUUAUACAAUUUAAAUAAUGUGUGGUGGAAAAUAAACUUUUUUCUUAAAUCUAUUUUGUUUUAAUCGCUUAUUAAUAUUACAGGUAUGGUACUUAUGAUAUAAAUAUAAUGCUCCCCAUUUACGAUCAUACACUCAAGAAACUUAUACUUUAUAUGAUUAUGACUAGUGAAAAAAGUUACGUUAGUAAUUCUUUUGGCAAGAGAUACCAGAUUGACAACAAUUUAUGUACCGGUACCAUAAUUAAAAAGAAUGGUUAACAAAAUACAAAUGUUAACUUUUCUAAUACACUACAUGCCUUCGUCAAUUUUUAAAACAAAAUUUAUUUUUUAAACAUAAUUAAUUAAAUAAAAAAGCAGAGGAAUGAAAGAAAAGUGUGCACAUCUCAAUGUAGAAAUCUGCUUGUUGGUGAAGUAUAACAAAUAGUGAAACUAUUGCAGCAAUGUAAAAUUGUGGAUUUGGUUUCACUAAAUGAGUCGGUGUACCACAGUUUAUCUUUUGCUGCCUGUUUCUACAGGGGAGGUGUGGUUGGGUGAUCAGUCACUAGGGUGCCUUCUGAAGGUUCAUGUUGUGGACUUUUAGCGUGUCCUUAGCCUUUACACAACUAAUCCACUGUCGUCAUGGUUGUCCUCUGGCCCUGAAAUCGGAGUUUCUUCAACUGAAGUGUUGCAUUGUGGAUUUAUGGAGAGGCUUUCUAACCAGAUAGCCAACUAACUUACCUGCUGUUUGGCCAUAAGCUGGCUAAUUGUUAUGGCACCCACUAUUUGUCUAACUUCUUGUUUUACCAGUGCUCACAAAUUAAAUAUCUCAUCGCAGGG